CUCGCAAGCUUCUUGCAUACGCUCACUCCACCACUCGCAAGCAGCGUAUCAACAAUGCCAGCAUCAGGCAAAAUGGCAGCUCCUCCAUCCCAGGGCAUCGAGCAGGGUGUCCUGUUGAAGCUCUUCACCUUUGCCGUCCUCAUGGCCAUCGUGCCAAUCUCAACAUACUUUGUCACCGUCCAGCACCUCUGGAAUGGCAACACGGCGUACGCGGCGCUCUCGGCCGUCCUCGCCGCCAACAUUGUCCUCGGUGGCUACGUUUACCUCGCGUUCGCCGAGGACGCUGCUUCCAAGGCCGAGGUCCAGGAGAAGAAGGCCCAGUAGUCGCGCCCACUUCUGACCGGCGAGCUCGAGGUAUUAUAGACGGGUCGACUCUGUGUAUGAAGUAUUAACUGGG